AUGCGCUCUCUUGCAUGGCUCGUCUCCCUUCCCAUGGUGGUCGAAGCGGGUGAAGUCCUAUGGAGUGGGCGAUUCAAUGCCUCCGCAACCGUUGCUGAUAUCGACAAAUGGUCGUGGUCUAACCAAGUCGGCGCUUGGCAGUGGUAUAUUCACGGGUCUGCAUCAACGGAUAAGUACCUCGGUCUGUCGCCCGAUCACAAGAACCCGGCCGAUACCAGUGAUGCACAGGGGAUUCGAAUUACAAUUGACGGCACAUCGUUCUGGCAUGGACAAGACAUGGAACGAUCCGAGCUCAUCCCCCAAACCAAAGCGGACCUUGGGAGCGGGCAUCUUUUCUACCACUUUUCGCUGAAGACAGAAGACACUAACGCACCGAACCCGAGUUUCGAGCACCAGAUCGCGUUCUUCGAGAGCCAUUUCACAGAGCUCAAGUACGGCACAGCGAGCGGCGCUUCGGGCAAAGACAACACCCUCCGCUGGUGCGUUGGUGGAGACUCCCACUGGGAAACUCAGUUGAAAGCAGGACAUUGGUACAACUUCGCCUAUGACAUCGAUUUCGACGCGAAAACUGUUGGAUUGUGGGCAUCGAAUGGUUCCGAUAACCUGAAGCAGGUUGUAUCGGCUGUCAAUGCGUCGACCAAGACGGACUCGGCGGAUUGGCAUAUCGGCGAGUUGCGACUCCCUAAUGGGGGCGUGAAUGCGGCUGCGGAGGAUUGGUUCUGGUCUGGCGUCUUCGUAGAGAAGGCUCCGAUCACGGCGGCUAUUGGGGGUCGUGUUUGA